AUGUGGAGAGCGGAGGAGAACAUCUUUGCUCGCGCGAGGCCUGCGCGGCUCGACACGCAGUACAGCAGCACGAGCGCCUGUACGACGGCGCCGCCUGCGCGCCCGUUGGUGCCGCUGCAGUGGUUCCACGUCCCUGGGAGCGGCGCACGGGAUGCGCAGGUGCCGCCGGAGGGCCUCGUCGCAUCCACCCAUCUGUCCACCUCCUCGCUGCUGCCGCCGCGGAGCUUGUCGCUCGGCCACUGCGGUGCUGCGGACGCCUCUGCUCAUGAGCUGGGGUGGGACGGCCGAGAGGUUGACGGGGACCACUGGGGGAUCGCUGGGUCCCCCAUGGUGGCGCAGCAGCCGCUGCCUCCCGCCUCGCACGGUGGCGCGGGCACUCGUGACACUUGCUCGCUGGGGAGCCUCCUCCGCCACCCCCACGUGCGUCCCACGCACGGCACAAGCGCAGACGACACGUCGCCAGCAGAGGUGAGCCGCCUGCUUCGUUAUUACCGUGACGAGAACGCGCGGCUGCGCGAGCAGCUCAAGGCGAAAGAGCUGCACGAGGCGCACAUCAUGGAGAGGCUGGAGGAGACGAGCCGCAUGUAUGCACAUGUGCAGCUGGCGUGGCAGCGCGCCACCCGUAGUGACACACCGAGCUCGGUGCUCCAGAGCGCGGACGACAACGUGGGUUCUGUGCCGAGUGUGGGCAGUGGCGGUGGGAGGGCUGAGGAGGCGAUGCAGUCGCGCCUCGCACAGAAGGAGGCUGAGGUGCGCGAGUUGCGGGGGCGAGUGGAGGCGUACCGGGAGGCGUUGCAGCGCUCUCGCGCCCACGCGGCGUGCUCGGCGGAGGAGCGGCAGGCAGCACCUGCACCCGCCGCCUGCUCCACGGGCAAUGGCGCCACUGUCAGCGUCCCACCCACAUCACUCCACGUGCUCCUCUUGCAGUCCCUCAACACUGCCGACUACCUUGUGAAGGUGUUCAACGCGCUCCAACACUGCCACUACACGCGGCACAGAGGUGCGAGCGACAGCGCCAGUGGCUGCUGCCGCCGCAGCCUCCACGACUGCAGGCUGCGUUGCCUCCAGGCAGCCAUGAAGGGUGCACCCAUCACACCCGAGCUGCUGGAGCUGGAGGAUGGGCCGGAGAACGACACGGCCGCCGCAAACAUGGAGGCGGCUGUCGCUGUGCUGGAGGAGUUGAGUUACUGCGAGGCCGUGGCCGUCCGCCUCGCGGCAUCUCUGCUGGGUCGCGAGAGGUUUGCCGAUGAUGACGCCGCCCCGCCUGUCAGCGCCACCGGCGCCGCCGCGCCAGCACAGAAAGCAGCGCCACCGGCGUCCCCCUCCGCGCUUGAGGUUGCCGGGCCUGUUGAAGUAGCGCAGGCGGCGGCAGCUGCCCCUCGCGAUGACGACGACGGUGAGGAAAGCGCGGGUGAGGGCGAGAGGAACGCGGAGGAGAGUGGGCACAGCGCGGUGUCGUGCGCAGUUGCCGUACGAGAGCCGCGGCGCCGUCCUUCGCGAUGCCGUCCCGAUGUUGGCGACUGCGAGGUGCAGUAG